CCGGGGCGCCCUCGGAGCCCGGGGCGCAGUCGGAGCGAGCGGGGAUCCGCGCCCUCGGAGCCGGGCUGGGCGCCCUCGGAGCCGGGGCGCCCUCGGAGCGGGCCGGGCUGGGCGCCCUCGGAGCCGGGGCGCCCUCGGAGCGGGCCGGGCUGGGCGCCCUCGGAGCCGGCCGGAAUCCGCUCCGAGUCUGGCGGCCCCGGGUCCCCACGGCCCCGGUGCCCUCGAUCUGGAUCGCGGCAGCCUCGGGCCUCCGCGCCCCAGGGCCCCCCGACCCCGGCGCCCACCAUGCCGCUGAGUCCUGGCCUGUUCUUACUGCUGCUCAGUGGCCUGCAAGCUGCAGGAGCCCCGGAGAGCCACGUCCGAGCCCUGGUGGGGAGCAGCGUGCGGCUGGGCUGCGUCUUCCCCGGGGGAAGCAGCUUUGACCUGAACGACCUGUUCGUCUACUGGCAAAUCAGCGGCUCCGGCACCGUGGUGGCCUACUACCUGUCCAGGAACGACUCCGAGGACCACGUGGACGGCCGCUACCGGAGCCGCGCGCACCUGUCCCUGGACAGCAUGCGGCGGGGCGACUUCUCCCUGCUGCUGCGGGACGUCUCCCCCGACGACGCCCAGAAGUUCAGCUGCCUGGUGUUUAGGAAAUCCUUGGAGAUGGAGAGGAUUUUGGGGAUGGAGAUCCGGCUGCACGUGGCGGCCAACUUCAGCGUGCCGGUGGUGAGCAGCCCCACGCGGGGCCGGGAGCUCACCUUCACGUGCACGUCCACCGACGGCUACCCGAGGCCCAACGUGUACUGGAUCAACAAGACGGACAACAGCGUGCUGGCCGGGGCCCCGCAGAACCACACGGUGUCCGUGAACGCGCGCGGCCUGUACGACGUGGUCAGCGUCCUGACGCUCCCGCUCUGCCCGGGCGUGGACGUGGGCUGCUGCGUGGAGAACGCGCUGCUGAGCCAGAACCUCACGGGCAGCAGCCGGCCAGGCGACAGGGCUGUGGCCCUGGAGGGAGAGCGCUCAGACCAGGCCGCACAGAGCCUCUGCCCGGGGCACCGGCCCGGCUCCGAAAUGCCACCCGCGGGGCCGUGGACGCAGCUCCAGGACGGACUCAGACAGGCUCGGUAGCCAAGGGGAUAACGAGCUGCCCGCCCCCGUGCGCUGCGGGCGGGGUGCGACCCUGACCCCCGCCGCCCCCCAGGACACAGGGUAGAGAUGCUCCUCCCCAGCGGACCUCCGCCCACCA